AUGCUUUUCCAGGCCUCACAGAGCUGGCCAGCCUCCGCCCUCGUCCGAGCAGCCAUGGAGGCCCUGGGUCCCGGAGGUGGCCGCACCUCCCCGGCCUCGUCCACUCGUAGCCUGGACUCGCGGCGAUUGUCCGCGCCCACCGACUCGGCCUACAGCUCUCUCUCCGCCGCCUCAGGAGGUCCUGAGCCUCCUGAAACUCCUGAGCCGUCGCCUUCGCCGGGGACCCAGCAACUUCCCUACCUGGACUGGGACUACGUGCGCGUGGUGUGGGGCGGCCCGGCCCCCGCCGCCAGGCUUGGCACUUCCCCGCAGCCCCGGCCCGCGGCCGCCGCACGCAGUGGGCCUCCUGCCCCCGAAAAGGGGACCCCGGGACCGCUCAGCCGCCAGACUACCCCGCUGCUGUACGCGCUGGCGGCCGAGGCUGAGGCCGCGGCGCGGGCCGCCGAGCCGCGCAGCCCGCCCGCUUCGCGGGCCGCCUACCGCCAGCGGCUGCAGGGCGCUCAGCGGCGAGUGCUCCGGGAGACGUCCUUCCAGCGCAAGGAGCUCCGCAUGAGCCUGCCCUCCCGCCUGCGGCCCGCGGCCCCCGCGCGGCCCUCUGCCGAGCACCCGCGCUCCGCCUCGCUUAGCCACCCGGGCGGGGAAGUAGUGCCGGCGCGCUCAGGGGCUCCCACCCAGCAGCGGAAGUGGUGCUUCUCAGAGCCAGGGAAACUGGAUCGCCUGGGUAGGGGCCCUGGGUUGGCGAGGCAAUGCUCCGGAGAGGCCUGCUCCAGCUCUGGCUUCAUUGGGCCGGAGCCUCGGGAAUGGCAGCAGAGGACACUGGCUGAGUUUGAAGAUCACCAGAUCAGAUGGCUGCCUGCGACCCAGCCCCCAAGCAUAGAGGACCCAAAACCCCGGUCCUUGAAGCUUGGCAAUGCCUACAGGCCCGCCGCCAGUCGGAGUCGGAGUGCUUCCAGGGAAGUCUUGGCCCCCUGGGGAAGUCCAGAAGGUGUCAUGCCCAUUGCCCAGGCUGUUCCCCAAGGAGCAGAAACCCCUAGACCACCGUUGCAGAACAAACUUAACAGGUUCCUGAAUCAGAAGGAAGCUGCAGAAGUGUGUCUUGCAGAGGGACCCCACAGCAGUCCCUCUGACUGUGAGCAGAGGGGCUCAGAGAACUGUGUUGUGUCUGUUCGGCUCCCAUCCCUUCCUGAUGAUGAAGUUUUCCUGGAAGAAGCCCCCCUGGUCAGAGCAAGAUCACCUGCAGACUCCCAGACUCCCCUGAGGCUCCCAACCUGUGUCCAUGUCUCUGACCAGGAGUACGGAGCUGGCUUGAGUCAAAGGACUGACCAAGCUAUAAUCCCCCCAGAGCAGCCCCUCCAUGAGAACCCAGAAACUGCAGGGGUGGAUGAGUGUUGGCAGGGGUUAAACAGCUCUGUGAAUGUUCCCAGGCCUACAUGCUGUAGCCCCGCUGAGGCUGCAAAUGGUGACAUCCUUACAUUUGACCCCACUGGACUGCUGACCACUGUUCCCCCCACAGCUGCAGAGACUGACCUGAAACCUUUCCCAGGUGAUACCCUGGGACCUCCAGACAAUGAUACCCCAGGGCCCCCUGACCACAGUGCCCUGGCUUGGGGCCCUGGGGAGCCUGGUCCUCAGUCAACAUGGGCCAGUCCACGCCUCGAGGAGCUGGUUCAGGAGCUGGCCAGAUUGGAUCCCUCUCAGAGUGACACUUUCACUUCCUAUCCCAGCCCAGAGCCAUCCCUGGGCCUGCUAGAUGGACUGAUUCCUUUAGCUGAGGUCUGGGCUGCAAUGAGACCAGCCUGUAGGGAGGCUGGAGAGGAGGCUGCUGGUAAUUCUGAGCCAGGGUCCUAUCUACUUAACUCCACCCGGCACCUGCCAACUUCUCAGGAGGAGACAAGGCCUGAAAACCUUACCACCCACGUUGUGCCUGACCAACCAUGUGACCAGGGUGCACUAAAGCCAAAUAACAGCAUCCAAGCCAAGAAAGCAGAGCUGGCAGACCUCCUCCAAAAGAUGCUAAGGGACCUUCAGGCCGAGCAGAAGCAGCUGCAGGGAGCGGCCCAGGCUUGGGCCAGGCGCGGAGCUGCUCUGGAGGCCGCUGUCGGCCAGGCCUGUGCACCCCACGAGCUGGAGCGGUUCAGCCGGUUCAUGGCCGACCUAGAGCGCGUGCUUGGCCUCCUGCUGUUGCUGGGCAGUCGCCUGGCCCGCGUGCACCGCGCCCUGGCCCGGGCGGGUGCAGACAGCGACCCUGAAGAGCAGGCCUCUCUGCUGCAGCGACUGGGGCUCCUGCAGCGGCAGGAGAAAGAUGCUAAGGAGCUGAAGCAGCACGUGGCGCGGCGGGAGCGAGCCCUGCGCGAGCUGCUGGCGCGCGCACUGCCCGCAGAGGAGCUGAGCGCCUACCGCACCCUGUUGGCCGGCAAGGCCGCCGUCCUGGCCCAGCAGCGCAGCUUGGACGAGCGGGUCCGCCUUAUUCAGGACCAACUGGACGCAGUCAGGAACGACCUUGGCCGUCCCUCGCCUCCCAGGCCGGCCUUCCCCUCAGGGACCCAUCCUCCGGAUAAACCGCCCUUCCCCCCUCCCCUCAUCUAGUUACAGGCGGUGAGGGUGGGGAGCAUUGCCCUUGCCUCUCACCCACAUGAUUCCGGAUGACGCUGGUUUAUUCGGUGCUUUUCCCUUGGGGUGGGGAAGACCCAGGCCCGGCUUUGCCGGGGUACUUCUUCCAAGU